AUGGUUUCAACACAGCCCCCUACGGACCGCGAUGAAUUCAGAAUAGCAAUCAUGUGCGCUCUGCCUUGCGAGGCUGAUGCUGUCACGCUACUCUUCGACGAGUUCUGGGACGAGAUCAGUGCGCCUUAUGAGCGAUUAGAGACAGACAGGAACACAUACAUCACCGGACGAAUUGGACAACACAAAAUUGUUCUUGUUACUCUACCUCAUCCGGGGGGUGCCAGUGCGGCAAGGGGAUCAGCUUACCUGACAUUGAGCUACCGCAAUCUCAAGCUUGCGCUACUUGUCGGAACAUGCGGAGGUAUGCCACGCAUCGGCAAUAUUGAUGCGCACCUCGGUGAUGUAGUGAUUGGGAAGGAUAUUACCCAGCAUGACUUCGGCGCCCAUUACUCGAGCGGGUUUAUCAUCGACGAUGCGGCUGAGAACAUGAUACGAAGAGCAAGUAAGGAAUUGCGAAUUUUGCUGGCAAAUCUUCAUAUGGAAUUUAUGAGAAACCGUUUAAAGAAAGCUGCUAAAGGCCACCUGAAGGAUUUGCAAGAGGCUGCACUAAAAGCAGAGCGGGAAGCAAACUAUCAAUAUCCAGGAACGAAAGAGGACAGGCUAUUUCCCCCAGAUUAUCGUCACGAACACAAAGAAUCUUGCACUUCGUGUAAACAUAAUCCCCACGAUUUCUGUAAAGCAACUUACAGAACCUCAUGUAUUGAGACCGGAUGUGACUUCUCCAAGUUGAUCCCUCGCCAUAAUCUACACGAUCUUCCUAAGGGUGCCGAGUUCACUCCGGAGAUCUUCCUCGGACGGUUUGGUUCAGCAAGCAUGCCUGUCAGAGAUGGUGUUGAUCGAGACGAAUUGGCUGAGAAAUAUAGCCUUGAUGCUUUUGACAUGGAAGGGGCUGGUAUAUGGGAUGAGCUCCCCACCUUGAUAAUUAAAGGGAUUUCUGGUUACGCGGAUAGUCACAGCAACAAGGCUUGGAGAGACUUCGCAUCCGCGACAGCAGCUUCUGUGGCGAGGGCCAUCCUUGAACGAUAUCCAAGCAGCGACAUGGAGCCUCCGAUUCCUCUGCGUGCAAGAAGCCAAUGA